AUGUCGCUGCCGGUGCCGAUGGCGGUCGGUCGUUUUGCAUCCAAGCCUGCGUCCAUGACGUAUCUCCUGCUCACACUACUUGUUGGAUGUAUACUACCUCAACAAGGCAUACUACAUGCUGAUGCGAGAACGUUAGCACGGCGAGACAAUACUCCCACAGAUGUAUGCAAGCGGUGGUCCCAGCAGACAGCUGUUGUUAACGGCACUCUUUACAUCUACGGUGGCCGAUCGACGACAGAUGCCAACCAGAAGGAUAAAACUUGGAAUGACAAUUUCCUCACUCUGGACUUAAAGUCAAGCUGGGGAAUCUCGGCGCCAAAACUUACCGGCCUUCCUCGAGGUGAUAACGGCCCUCCUCCAGUCUCGAACGGAUAUCUAUGGAACUCCUAUAGUUCACUCUUCCUAUAUGGUGGAGAGUUUUCGGAUAACCCUCCAAAGGACCCCGUUGAUUUUAGUUUGUGGGAAUACAGCAUCCCUUCGUCAUCGUGGAUAGAGCACAAAUCACCAACCACCUCGUCUGGAGAAAACGCUUCACCUGAAAAUAUCCCGGUACAGCGAUCCGCCGAGGGAGCCGGUAUAAACGUUCCAGAUUUAGGCAGAGGCUGGUACUUUGGCGGCCAUCUAGAUGGAUAUACUACCAAGGGCUGGUCGCAGUCUAUCCCAAGAGUGUACCUCAAGUCGAUGAUUGAAUAUACUUUUCCAGGAUAUACCAACAACGGAGUCAAAAUCAACACAGAUGAUAAGCGCGCAGGGCCCGAGGGCGUGUGGCGAAAUAUCACCGAAGGAGGACUACAGGACUCUGCAGGUUUCACUGAACGCGCUGAUGGAGUGUUGGUGUAUAUACCCGGUUUUGGUAAAGAAGGCAUCAUCCUUGGUCUUGCUGGUGGUACAAAUGCUACUUUUACUCAAAUGAACGUUAUCGAUGUGUUUGACAUCGCUAGUUCAAAAUGGUAUAAGCAAGCUACUAGCGGGAAGACUCCAAAGAUCAGAGUAAACCCGUGCGCAGUCGCUGCGUCCGCAGCCGAUGGGAGCAGUACGCAGGUCUACCUAUUUGGUGGGCAAAAUUUGAUACCCUAUGGAGAACAGAUCCAGUAUAACGACAUGUGGAUUCUAUCGAUCCCUAGUUUCACAUGGAUCGAAGCUAAGACGGAUGGUCAAUCCGUUCCUCCAGCGAGAGCUGGACAUACGUGUAAUAUAUGGAACUCCCAAAUUGUGGUGACGGGAGGCUACGUGGGACAAGAUCUGAGCUGUGAUAGCCCAGGUAUAUACGUAUUUGAUGCAUCAGAAUUGACCUGGAACAACCAAUAUACGGCGCUUAAAGGUGGAAAUGAUUUGAACCAGCAAGCCUCGCAAACUCGAGACGGCAGUGGCCUUGGAGGUAGCUAUGGAUAUCGAGUCCCGAAAGUGGUUCAAUCUGUCAUAGGAGGCGACGAUACGGGAAAGGCAACCCAGACAAUCCCCGCUGUCGCGCCAACAGAUGGGCCCUUAGCUACAGGCCAACCUCUCAUAUACACCGUCCUUCCAACUUCCACUUCCGGUCCGCAUACAGGUAAGGACGACGACGAAAACGGCCCCAACAUCGCAGCAAUUAUCGCAGGCGUUAUUGCUGGUUGCCUUGGUGUCCUGGCCAUAUAUCUCGGCUUCGUCACCUGGCUCUAUCGCCGGCGUCUUGCUAUCUAUAAGAGCCAUCUCGCAGCCACGCAACGCUCUUCAAUUGGGAGCUACGGAGACAAAAUCUCAUCCUUUCCACCGCGGUACUCGGACCACACAAGUAGUAGCAAUGUGCUGGGGAUAACCGGUUCAACGGGUAACCUAACGACUACUACUUCAACGCGCAUGUCGUGGAUGGGCGGAGACGUUCAGGGGCAUCACCACACACGAAGCAGCAGCGGUGGGAACUUCGAUCAUUUAGGCCAACCUGGGCCGUCCGCUAGUAGCAGUGUGGAGGAUCUACUCGCUGGGCAGGAACCGACUUUCCUGGGCGUCAUGUUGAAUCCACGGCAGACCCUGAGGGUUAUCAAUCAAUAA